ACCGGGAGCUUAACCGGAGAGCGGACAGCGUUAACCGGAGAUUCAUAAACAUUACAUUUCAUGAGUGUGUGUUUGUGGAUAAUGCUGGAUGUUAUAAAACCUGAUGAAGUUCACCAGAGAUAUCUGCAGGCUGCUGGGUUUGGGAGGCGAUGGAGCGGGAGAAGAGGAUAUGGACAUUCAGAACGGAGACGCUGAACCUUCAGACAGGAGAAAAGACCAAGAUUUAUCACAGGCCAUGCUGAGUGGUGAGGAGGAUGGUGUGGAUGACGAGAAGAAGACAAGACGGAGAGCAGAGAGGAGGAGAGCCAAAAGGAAAAGACAGAAAGAACGCAAGAAACAGGAGAAAGAGGAGAAGAUGGAGGAUUUAUCAGAGCAGGGAGAGGAAGUGCUUGGAGCCGUGUCGGAGAGUGACAGCGAGGAGGAAAUGAAAGUGGAGGAGGAAUGGACUGCGGUUCGGCCCAAGAACAAAUGCAGCCCCGAAUCGGUCCCUGCCUUCAUCGCCACGGAGAACAAGAGCAACAACCAGCCGCCCAUCAGGACCACAGAGGAGGAGCCGGAGUGGGAUGUCAGCAGUGCCUUUGUGGCCAACGCUGCCAGUCACAUCAAAGUGAAAGGCCUGAAGACCCGAGCGCUGCAGAUCUCCAGAGAGAACAAGGAGAACGAGGUCAGGAGCAGCCAGGUGGAGAACAAUGAAGAGAUGACGAGGAGGGGAGAGUCUCUGGCAGUUCAGGGCAUUCAGCUGUUUCAGCAAGGCAGGUACAGCCAGGCGGUGGACGUGUUUACAGAAGCCAUCUACUGUGACCCAAAAAAUCACAGGUUUUACGGCAAUCGCUCCAGCUGUUAUUGCCAAAUGGAGCAGUACUCCUCCGCGCUAUCGGACGCUCAGAAGGCCAUUCAGCUGGCUCCUGAUUGGCCGAUGGGAUAUUGCUAUAAGGCUUCUGCUCUGAUGUGGUUAAAGCGGUACAUGGAGGUAGAGAAGGUCAUGGAGGAGGUGUUGAAGUUGGAUCAGAACUGUAAGGAAGCAUCCAACAUACUCUCAGAGUGCCGGAUCCUGCAGCUGAUGGAGUUGGGUUUUGAAGAAGAGCAGAGCAAACUGCUAUUAGAGAAGUUCACAACUGUUCAGGCGAUCCUCACCUCCCCUGAUGCCAAAGCACUGAAGCAAACACCUCAGCAGGACCAGAGUGGGAGCUGUCGUUCUCUGUGGGUCGGAAACAUUACACUGGAAGUGUCUGAGAAAAACCUCUUGGAUCUCUUCAAAAUGUACGGUGAGAUCGAGAGCAUCAGAGUUCUUCACGAGCGCUUCUGUGCCUUCAUCAACUUCAAGAAUGCCAACAUGGCUGCCAAGGCCCUGGAUAAGCUACAGGGGGUGGAGCUUGGGGGCAAUAGGCUGGUGAUGAGGUACCCGGACCGGUGGAUCCAGCGGACCACGCCCUUGGUACAAGGUCCCAGUGCUGCAGGGACACAGCAGAGCUCAGCAGCAGCCAUAGGGUCCAGACGGAGGUUGCCCAUAAACGGAGAUGAGUGCUUCUACUGGCGGACCACGGGCUGUGACUAUGGCGACAAGUGCCGCUUCAAACACAUACCUAACCAGCAAGGUCGAGACAAGAAACCGUGACAAUCAUGUCCACUGCCUUCCCGACCGCAGCACCAAGGCGCUUUAAGUGAGGAUUUACAAAGAGAAAAAGGACAAAAGGAAGAGUGGAGGACGAACGCUGACAGCUGAAUCUGUGUGUGUGAGAGAGUCAGGUGUAAUGUGAAUGUGAUGUAUGUGAUAAGGUCAGGGGUUGUGCCUCUGACAUGUUGAGGGAACGUUCAGAGUCCAACGUCAGGAGGCUGCAUUAAGAAUAAAUCUGUGUGAUACUGAAAAAACAUCUACUGUAAGGAGGUCCAAUGAAUUUAAUUUAUAGUAAGCAUCACUGUGGGGUCUGACAUCCGUUUGGAUCCCAGAAGAACUCCGACGACCUCCUGGUUUCUGAUCCCCGCUUUGUUGGAAGGAUGUUAUCCAUCAUCAAAAGGAUUGACUUGGAAAAUAUGUUUGGUUGAGUCGACCAGGAAACCUUUGUCUCCUCGGCUCCACUGUCAGAUUGAUUUAGGUGUGGAAUGUUCUUUUGAUAUAUAUUUAAAAUGAUAUAAAACAUUUUUGCAUUAAGUAUUUGCACAAAACAAUCAAUGGAAACGACAUUAAAAAUGUUUUCGGUUUCA